AUGACAGAACUUAAAGAAAAAGAAGUCGCGCUAAAAGAGCGAGAAUUAGACGCAUUAGUUAGAAAACAAGCAGACGCAGAAAAAUAUAAAAUUGAAACAGAAGCCGAAGCUAAUAAAUUAGCAAGAAUACAAAAAGCAGAAGCAGAAGCAAAAGAAGCUGAAUUCCAAGCACAAGCUCAUAUUGCAAUGGCAAAAGCAAAUAAAGCCAGCGCAGAAUUAGACGCAGAAGAAAUACAAAUAAACGGAGAAGUAGAAAAACGCCCACAUUUAGACGGGGAAGAUUUGACUGAAUUAUUAAAAAUCGAAAAAUACGAACCACCAGUAUCAAACGGUUCACUAGGAGAACUAAUACACCACGAAUGGUAUAUACCUAAAACUGACGAAGAGAGAAUACAAGUAUGUGCCGACAAUGUGUUACCAGUAUAUAUGAAUGCACAAGAUACAGGAGCAUAUUAUAUUUCAAUUAAAUUGGACGGUACUUCGUGUACUGCCGGGUUAUUUGAAGACGCCUUCUUAAUUGGAGGACGCAAUCAAUGGUAUAAAGACGAAAAUAUGUAUACGAGUACUGUUAAGAAGUAUGGGGAUUUGGAAGCAAAAUUAAAAGAGCUUCAAGAAAGAACAGGAAAAUACGUAGCAUUCCAAGGAGAGCUAUGUGGACCUGGUAUUCAAUCAAAUAAGUUGGGAUUAUCUGAGAAAGAAUGGUAUGUGUUCAAUGUAUUUGAAAGUGAAACAGGUAAAAUGGAUAGUUACACCAAAUGUGAUUAUUAA